AUGUCAAGCCUAAAGACCAAUCAGGACAUCGCCUUUGCCAAUGGCGGCUCACUUGCAUGGAAGCUUGCCACCCAUGGGACAGAUGAUUAUAAAACAUACCGGAUGACGAUGUCCGGCCGCAUCCAUUGCGAUACAACAGAUUUCAGCUACCGCCAUAGGAAGCGGUUGUUGGCCAACUUGGUCAUUGAACUCGAGGCACUCUCUGAAAUGGAGCUGGCUUGGGAAGAGAAGCAGGGUCCAUCCGACAGAGACAUUCGGUUUGAGAAUGUCCGGUUGAGAAAGCUGUACAGCGCGACUAGUGCGCUUCAUGAAUACUACGAUAACGCAGAUGGUGGGUUCAUGGGUCGAAUGGAGCGUGCCGGUGCAAUCUGCGAUCGAAAGCGGCGUCAUGGAUCCAGCUCAACGGUGGCUACUGAACCCGAUCAACAAAAUGACUUUCAAGUUACAUCCACUGCUUCAACAUCCCACGACAACGACGACGACGACGCCGACAACUUGCAGCCGAAGCGCAAGCGCCGUUGUAAAAACGUAGGCGUCCGCUUUGAAAACGCCGUCUCCGUCCGCACCGAAGCAGACGUAGAAGCUCUCUCCAGGAACGCCAUUUUACAGCCUUAUCGCUCGACUGGCAUCACCCAUCUUACACUUACGACCGAAAACCUCAAGACCCAUGAUAUUCUCGACUUGCUGCCUGGUUUGAUAGAGAAGCCUCGCCCCUUUCGCCAGGUUAUUCCACUAAAGACUCAUGACGGAGCUCCACAAAAGCUCAAACGUCGAUUCAGAGUAGGGCAUCAGCCUGGGAAAUGGACUAUGCGAGCAGGGUGGGAGUUUGUCGACACUAGUGGAUGGAGGACUCGAUGA